UUUUGCAGUGUAGGACCGAAAGAGUUUUUUUGAGAAUUGCACAUAAUUUAAGACUAGAAAUGGCCGAAGAAUCGGCAGUUAAAGUUUGCGUUCGAGUUCGCCCGACUAUUGAGAGAGAAAAAAAUGGUCCAUCAGAAACGGAAGCGCCUGUCCAGCUCUUCUGGAAAGCUGAUAAGAACUCAAUUUACCAGAUUGACGAUGGCAACUUAACCAAGAGCUUCAGUUAUGACCGGGUGUUCACCGUGGAAGAAACAACCAAUCAACUUUACCAGGCUAUCGCAAAGCCAUUGGUUGUUUCAACUGUUGAAGGAUACAACGGCACCAUAUUUGCCUACGGACAGACAUCCUCAGGGAAGACGUUCACUAUGAUGGGGAGUGACCAUGCUCCUGGUGUCAUACCGCUUGCUGUUGAGGAUGUCUUCAACACCAUUAAAAAUUGUCCAAAUAAGAAGUUUCUUCUGAGGGUAUCUUACAUGGAAAUCUACAAUGAAACAGUGACUGAUCUCCUUGUGGACAGCUGGAAAAGAAAACCUCUAGAAGUCAGAGAGACAAUCAAUAAAAACAUCUACGUUGCUGACCUGACUGAAGAAGUCGUGAAAUCUCCUGCUCAAGCCCUCGCUUGGAUUCGUAAAGGAGAAAAGAAUCGGCACUAUGAGAAGACGAAAAUGAACCAGCGGAGCAGCCGAUCACACACGAUUUUUCGAAUGAUCCUUGAGAGUGAAAUAAAUGCAGAUGGAGCCGUUAUUGUUUCCCAUUUGAAUUUAGUUGACUUGGCUGGAUCGGAGAGAGCGAGCCAAACUGGUGCUGAAGGAACCCGCUUCAAAGAAGGCUGCAAUAUCAAUCGCAGCCUUUUCACACUCGGCCAAGUGAUAAAGAAACUUAGCGAAGAAAGCCAAAGGGGCUUCACAAAUUACAGAGACAGUAAGCUAACCCGCAUCCUUCAGAAUUCCCUGGGUGGAAAUGCCAAAACCGUUAUCAUCUGCACCAUCACUGCUGCUGCACUCGACGAGACGCUCAGCACUCUGCAGUUUGCCAGUACAGCAAAGAAAAUGAAGAAUGACCCACAUGUCACGGAAGUGUCUGACGACGGUGCUCUGCUCAAAAGAUAUCGCAAUGAAAUUGUGGAGCUCAAGAGACGACUUCACGAGGUUUCCUCGGUGACGCAGACCACAGCCACAGAGAAGGAGGUGCUCGCUCAGCUUCUCCAAGAAAAAGAUCAACUUCAGAAAGAGCAAGAGGAUCGAAUUAAAAAUCUGACCAAACUGAUGGUCACAAGCACCAACGUGGCUCAGGUUCAAAGGUUCCCCAAACGCAGGGUUACAUGGGGAGGAAAAAUGAUGCGCCUGUCCGCUCAAUCUGCCUGUGAAGGUAGUCCCACUAACCGUAGCUUUGCCGAAUCGGCCACUCGGAAGAGGAAAGCUGAUCGCUCCUGUUUGAUGGAGCUGGUUGAAUAUGAUGACGACUUUGAGUCUCACUGGGAAAUUCCUGAAGAGCCAUCGGACGAUCCAGACUCAAGUCCGAGCUUUGUUACUGUCCGCGGCUUUGAAAGCAGGACGAGCUGCAGAGAGGCUGAACUGGAGUCGCAGCUUCAGACAGCAAGCCAAGAAAAACAGCAAGCCUUGGAGAAAGCAGCAGAAGUUGACCUCCAGCUUCAAAGUGAAGCUCGGCAGAGGUCAGAGGCCAUGGCCAAAGUGGAGACACUUGAGUCGUCCGUGGCAGAACUGAAAAGACAGCUCGAAGAACAGAGACACAUGACACAGGAAUCCGAAAAGCGGAUGCAAAUAGAUUUUGCAGAAACUGUCCAGCUUUGUGAGGACCUCUCCUCAGAGAAGGAUGCGUUGGCUUCUGAGCGGAACUAUCUCAAGCAAGAGCUGGGCCUAUUCAUGGAGCAGACCAAAAUCCUAGAAAAAGAGGUCGCUUGUCUGUCACGGGAGCUGGAAGAGAAGAGGGAGACUGAUGAGUUUAAAUCUCUUGAGGAACAGUUCAGGAACGAGCGUGAGAACGAGUUGCAAAAUGAAAUAUCCUCAUUGAAGAUGGAGAUGGAAUCCCGUCAACUGCAGGGCUUAGAACUUCAGAAAUCAUUUGAGACGCUUUCUGAAGAGCUGAAGCAGAAAACCAAAUGUGCUGAUGAUCUUCAGAAUAUGGUUGCUGCGACUCAAGGGCUCCUGCUUCAGGAUGAGCUUCAGUUGCAGAAACAAAACCCAGACCUUGUGAAAGAACCGAAAGACUCUGAGAGCUCUCCUGAAGAGAUGGAGAAGCUCGUCUCAGAAGUUGCAGCUCUCUCCGCAGAAAGGGAUUCACUCAAGAUGGAUCUGCAAGAAAAUGUAGACCUGAUGAUUGAGAACCAGGGUGAACUCGGGACUGCCCUUGAGAAGAUCUUGGCUCUAAAACAGCAGAUUAAACAGUUGGAGGAUUCACAAGCAUCCAACUCCGGACAGCCUAUUGAUGACAUGACCACAGAGGUUGGAGAGAUUCAAACACAAAGCUCUCCUGAAGAGAUGGAGAAGCUCGUCUCGGAAGUGGAAGCUCUCACUGCAGAACGGGAUUCGCUCAAGAUGGAUCUGCAAGAAAAUGUAGACCUGAUGAUUGAGAACCAGGGUGAGCUCAUGUCUGCCCUUGAGAAGAUCUCUGCUCUAAAACAGCAGAUCAAACAGUUGGAGGAUUCACAAGCAUCCAACUCCGGAAAGCCUGUUGAUGACAUCACCACAGAGGGCUCUCCUGGAGAGUUGGAAAAGCUCAUCUCGGAAGUGGAAGCUCUCACUGCAGAAAGGGAUUCGCUCAAGAUGGAUCUGCAAGAAAAUGUAGACCUGAUGAUUGAGAACCAGGGUGAGCUCAUGUCUGCCCUUGAGAAGAUCUCGGCUCUAAAACAGCAGAUUAAACAGUUGGAGGAUUCACAAGCAUCCAAUUCCGGAAAGCCUAUUGAUGACAUCACCACAGAGGUUGGGGAGCUUCAAACAAAAAUCAUCAGUUUGAGCCAAGAGCUUGACCAUGUGAAAGCUGAGAGGGAUAGCCUGUUCCUCAACAAGGAAGCUGAACAUGAGACCUCCACAAAUGAGAUCCAGAAGCUGUUGUGCAAAGUAAAUUCGCUCAGCGAAGAGAGGGAUCAGCUGCAUGAGACUGUUGAGGGACUGAGACAGCAGAAGAGCCAGCUUCGAGCAGAAAUGGAAGAAAGGAUGGAGAUGUUGCAGUGUGAGUUGCAGCAAGAGCAGCUCAGCUCAGCAGCACAGUCCCUGAAGGUAGAACAAGAUCAACAAAAUGUGCAGAUCCAACAGCUAAAGGAGCAGCUGGAGAAAGCUAAGGAGGAGGUGACUCUCUUGAAAGCUGACCUUCAAGAAAAUGUACAGCUGAAAGAGCAACUGAGUGAGAAGACGAACCAGCUAGAGGCAGAGCUGCAGCAAAGUAUUGAUAAGAUCAACAAUUUGAGCCAAGAGGUUGACCAUGUGAAAGCUGAGAGGGAUAGCCUGUUCCUCAACAAGGAAGCUGAACAUGAGACCUCCACAAAUGAGAUCCAGAAGCUGUUGUGCAAAGUAAAUUUGCUCAGCGAAGAGAGGGAUCAGCUGCAUGAGACUGUUGAGGGACUGAGACAGGAGAAGAGCCAGCUUCGAGCAGAAAUGGAAGAAAGGAUGGAGAUGUUGCAGUGUGAGUUUCAGCAAGAGCAGCUCAGCUCAGCAGCACAGUCCCUGAAAGAAGAACAAGAAGAUCAACAAAAUGUGCAGAUCCAACAGCUAAAGGAGCAGCUGGAGAAAGCUAAGGAGGAGGUGACUCUCUUGAAAGCUGACCUUCAAGAAAAUGUACAGCUGAAAGAGCAGCUUCAGGACGUGAGUGAGAAGAAGAACCAGCUAGAGGCAGAGCUGCAGCAAAGCAUUGAUAAGUUGGAGCAAGAGCAGCUCAGCUCAGCAGCACAGUCCCUGAAGGAAGAACAAGAAGAUCAACAAAAUGUGCAGAUCCAACAGCUAAAGGAGCAGCUGGAGAACGCUAAGGAGGAGGUGACUCUCUUGAAAGCUGACCUUCAAGAAAAUGUACAGCUGGUUCAGAGGCUCACUGGGGAGCUUGAAGAUGUGCGAUCAGAACGAGAUACCAUGCAGUCCGAGAGGUCGCUUGAAGCUCAGACGAACAGGAAUGAGAUUGAGAAGCUGAUGGAUCGCGUGACAUUUGUCACAGAAGAACGAUAUCAGCUGCAGCAUCGACUGGAGGAAAUGGCAGGAACACAUCAAAAUCAGAUUGAGCAACUUCAGGAUGUGAGUGAGAAGAACCACCAUCUUGAAGCAGAGCUGCAACAAAGCAUUGAGAAGAUCAACAAUUUGAGCCAAGAGCUUGACCAUGUGAAAGCUGAGAGGGAUAGCCUGUUCCUCAACAAGGAAGCUGAACAUGAGACCUCCACAAAUGAGAUCCAGAAGCUGUUGUGCAAAGUAAAUUUGCUCAGCGAAGAGAGGGAUCAGCUGCAUGAGACUGUUGAGGGACUGAGACAGGAGAAGAGCCAGCUUCGAGCAGAAAUGGAAGAAAGGAUGGAGAUGUUGCAGUGUGAGUUUCAGCUCAGCUCAGCAGCACAGUCCCUGAAAGAACAAGAAGAUCAACAAAAUGUGCAGAUCCAACAGCUAAAGGAGCAGCUGGAGAAAGCUGAGGAGGAGGUGACUCUCUUGAAAGCUGACCUUCAAGAAAAUGUACAGCUGGUUCAGAGGCUGACUGAGGAGCUUGAAGACUUGCGAGCAGAACGAGAUACCAUGCAGUCCGAGAGGUCGCUUGAAGCUCAGACGAACAGGAAUGAGAUUGAGAAGCUGAUGGAUCGCGUGACAUUUGUCACAGAAGAACGAUAUCAGCUGCAGCAUCGACUGGAGGAAAUGGCAGGAACACAUCAAAAUCAGGUUCAGAGGCUGACUGAGGAACUUGAAGAUGUGCGAGCACAACGAGACACCGUGCAAUCUGAGAGGUCGCUUGACGCUCAGACGAACAGGGACGAGCUCGAGAAGCUGAUGGAACGUGUGACAUUUGUCAACGAAGAGCGAGGUCAGCUGCAGGACCAACUGGAGGCACAAAAGCGGGAAACCAGCCAGCUCAGAACACAACUGGAGGAAAUGGCAGCAACGCACCUAACGGAGAAAGAGCAACUUCAGGAUGUGAGUGAGAAGAAGAACCAGCUAGAGACAGAACUGCAGCAAAGCAUUGAUAAGAUGAAGCAUUUGAGUGAAGAGCUUGGCCAUGUGAAAGCGGAGAGGGAUAGCCUGUGUCUCAAAAAAGAAGCUGCAAAUCUGACUUCUCCGGAUAAGAUUGAGAGGCUGCUGUGCCAAGUAACGUCACUCUGUGAAGUAGGGGAUCAACUGCACGAGACGGUCGAGGGACUGAGAGGGGAGAAGAGCCAGCUUCAAGCAGAAAUGGAAGAAAGGGUGGCGAUGGUGCCUAAUGAAGCAAAGACUUCAAAUUCUCUGCUCAAUGAGAAUCAGACUCAGACCGGUGCCAAGGUGACUGUGUCCUCAUGCCUGCAAGACUCCACAUUGGAAUUUCAGAAGCUCUUUGGAAAAUUGCAGCAGUUUAUAAACGUUUGCAGUCACAUGGACUCCACAGCCAUGAAAAAUUGGGAUGAGGAAUAUUACCUGACCAACGUUUACGAGAGCAACUUGACUCCUCCCAUCUUGGAAGCCCACAGUACAGUUUGUCGUUUGGCAAGGGAGACCUUCAACUGUCUGGGAGACAUUGGGGAUAUUCUCGGAGAAAAAGCAAAGAUGUACAAGAAUUUGUUUGAUGAGUUCGUCAAGAAAGAUCUGUCCAAUUUUGAGGAGUGGAACUUACUGCUGGGUGAAUUACAAGUACUCCCUAGUGAAGACAAGGCCAACUUUUCGAAGCAGAAACUAGCCGAGCUGUUGGUGAGAAGACAAUUCUUCCUGCAGAAAAUGGGCGUCAUUAUGGAGACGCUUUACGCAGGCAUGACCGCUUGUUGUGAUGAUCUGUCAGCUGAUAAAAAAGGAAGGUUGAAUUUUGAUGAGCAGCUGGAGGCUGUGCUCGGCAGCCAACCAGUGGCCUUGAGAAGGCUGGACAGCAUCCUGAGGUCUGAGGUAGACCGGAGAUCUACCGUGGUAGAAAGCAGGAAGAUUAUUUUGCAGGGCAUCAUUCACGACCAUAAUGACCUGUGUGGGAAGGUGCAGCAGCUUCAGGUGCAGUUGGAAUGUCACCUGCAAAAGGAGACAAGCCGGCGUUCCUCUCUGCAACAGUCACUGGGGGGAGCUCGCUCAAAGACAAAGCAGCUGGAAGAAGCCCACAAAAUGAACCUUCAGCAACUGAAGGCAGAACUGCUGGAUGUCCGCUCACAAGUCGAGAAGAAAGAGAACGCCAUCCAAGUCCUGAAGAACCAAUUGCAAGAGAAAAGUACUUCACCUUCUGCGGCUCAGCUGGAGGAAGUCCAAGCUAAACUCUUCAAGACGGAAAUGGAGAUGAGUGCAGCUUUUGACAAGCAUCAAAAAGAGAUUCAGAGGAUGACUGUGGCUCUGAAUGACAAGGACAGGUCAAUGUGGAGGCUGAAGGAAACACUCAGGACGUUGCAGCAGCGAGGAGAAGGGUCAUUCCUGCAGGGUGAGGAGCUUCAUGAGCGACUGACAAACCCCCGAGGUUUGGUGGUCACCAGCAGUGUUGUGAUGGAAAAAAACAAACUGGAAGAGGAAGUUAAACAGCUUCAACUCAAAAUCAGACAUUUAGAAAACUUGGUUUCCAGCCAGCAGACGGAGAUCACGAAGUGGAAGAACAGAGCAGUCAAACUGAAGGUGAAGAGCAAACAGGAUUCUGAGAGGUCUCCAACCAAGUGUGGAUUUCCCUCACUGGCGUCACCGAAGAGGCCCGUGCUUACGCCGCAGAAGAUCCUGGACUCCCCUAAGCAGAUGUUGAAUUCCCCAAAGAGCACACUGCUUGACUCUCCAAAAAGCAGAUUUUUUGAUGGUGCUGAAAAAUCAGAGAUAUUGUUGAGAACCUGUCCCAAGCAGUUCUUUGAUAACUCCAGUCUCGGAACCUUUUCAGAGAUUCCCAGUAUUCCAAAUGAAGCAGAUACAGAAACUGACGCUGACACAAAGGAUGAAUGCUCUCGCUCUCCAAGACAUGAAGAGCUUUGUAAAAUGCAGUGAACACGCUUGUUUAAAUUUUAAAUGUUAUCCUUUUAUUCCUUUAAUAAAUAUUUAGUCUCA